AUGAGUGAUGAAGGUUUGAAUAAUAAAAUUGGAAUUGAUACUAAAACUGGUUUCGUUUGUGGAGGAAACAGAUGGAAGUUUGAAGCAUGGAUCGAUAAUAUGGGUUCAAGUGAUAAAGCAAAUAAUAAAGGCCAUCCAGCUACACCAACAGAUGGAUCUGCUGUUAAAUUAGUUGGAUUAUCUAGAACUGUUAUUGCUUGGAUUCUUCAAAUGAAUCAAGAAGGACAUUAUCCAUAUGAUUCUGUUGAAACAUCUACUGGUAGUUAUUUAUUUUAUUUUGAAAAUAUUUAUUUUCUUCUUUUUGUUUAA